AUGGCAUGGAUUCUUAACUCCAUAUCCUUUGUUUGCAUGAUCGCAGCAGGCGCCACUCUUCCGUUGAUGAAUCUCGUUUUUGGACAAUUUGUUACGGUUUUCAACAAUUUCCUCACUGGUAAGGACACACCAGAGGAUUACCGCGUGGAAAUCAAUAAAUAUGCUCUCUACUUUGUAUAUUUAUUCCUGGCAAAAUUUGUCUUGAUGUAUAUUUGGACAGUGCUCAUUGGAUUUACCUCUAUUCGGGCUAUCAAACGCCUACGCGUCGACUUUCUUACUCACGUUUUGCGCCAAGAGAUUCCAUACUUUGACAAUCCUACGUCCUCCAUUGCUAGUCAAAUCGUGACUAACGGGAAUGUCAUAAGUACUGGUAUUUCAGAGAAGCUGGGUCUUAUCGUCCAGGGCCUUUCGACCUUUGUCGCCGGAUUUGUCGUGGCAUUUGUUGUGCAGUGGAAGCUGACCUUGAUCGUUCUGGCUGUCGUUCCCGUCAAUAUUGUCGUCACCGUGAUUUGUGUGGCAUACGACAGUACGUAUGAACAUCAAAUGCUCGAUAUAUACGGCAAGGCGGGCCUGAUUGCUGAGGAGGCUUUCGCAUCCAUUCGAACGUCACACGCCUUUUGGGUAUUUCCCAAACUCUCUCGCCGCUACGCACGUCACUUGGAAGAAGCGCGAAGCGUUGGAAACAAGAAGACUGCCAUAUACAUGGUGCUUUUCCCGGUCGAAUUUUUCUGUAUUUUCUCCGGCUAUGGCCUGGCCUUCUGGCAAGGCAUUCGCCUCUAUGUUUCCGGGGAAGUCCGCAACCCUGGAGCGAUCGUCACCGUUAUUUUUGCAGUUCUAGUUGCUGCCCAAGCUCUCACUCAGAUUGCUCCCCAAACUGUGGCCAUAUCAAAGGCUACUGCGGCGGCAUCAGAUUUGUUUGCAAUUAUUGAUCGAAAAUCAGCGGUUGACUCACUAUCUGACAAGGGAAUAAUGAUCGAAGGCUGUAAAGGCCAUAUCCAACUUAAAAAUCUGAACUUUGCCUACCCUUCGCGACCUGAGGUACCAAUAUUUCGAGACCUUAGUCUUAAUAUUCCUGCAAAUAAAACGACGGCUCUAGUCGGUUCUAGUGGCUCGGGUAAAAGUACGAUUUUUGGACUUUUGGAGAGAUGGUACACUGAUUACCAGGGCUCGAUCACGAUUGACGGACAAUCCCUUGAUACCUUGAAUCUCCGAUGGCUGAGGACGAAUAUCCGACUUGUUCAACAGGAGCCAACUCUCUUCAGUGGGUCGGUAUACCAAAACGUGGUGGAUGGCAUAACUGGGACAAGCAUGGAUUCACUUCCAGAAGCAGAGAAGAAACGGCUCGUGGAGGACGCCUGUCGAGCAGCAUAUGCAGAUGAAUUCAUCCAAGCGUUACCACAGGGCUAUGACACGUACGUUGGCGAGCGUGGUGCAUCACUUAGCGGUGGACAAAAGCAACGACUUGCAAUUGCUCGAAGCAUCAUUUCCAAUCCGAAGGUCCUACUGCUAGAUGAGGCGACAAGCGCAUUAGAUCCGACCGCCGAGAAGAUUGUACAAAAAGCUUUAAACAAUGUCGCCAAGGGACGAACAAUGAUUGUGAUUGCCCACAGGCUUUCCACCAUUCAAGAUGCGGACAACAUCGCUGUUAUUUCACAGGGCCACGUUGUUGAGCAGGGUUCUCAUCAAACACUCAUCAAUGCCAACGGGAGAUAUGCCCAACUUGUGGCUUCUCAACAUUUGAGCAGUCGCGGGUCUAAUGACGCUCAGCCAAUCAACAGCAAGUUGGUAGAGAAGGAGAAACCGUUUGAUUCGGAACAAGAAUCGCUACCCUCUGAUUUAAAUGCUGGAAUCAAGGAGAGGAGCGCAUCCUAUGGCGUUCUUAAAGGCCUCUUUCUCAUCAUCAAGGAACAAAAACCCCUCUGGUGGCCAGUUGCUGGCAUUGCUAUUGCGUGUUUAGCCGGCGGUGUAACCUUUCCUGUUCUCGCCAUUCUCUUUGCUAAAACCAUGGCUGCUUUCCAGAAGAUGGAUCAAUCUAGCGUGAAUUUCUUUGCGCUCAUGUUUUUCGUUGUUGCUCUAGGAAACGUCAUCGCUUAUGCGUUUGCUGGUUGGCUCGCGAACGUCCUCGCCCAGCACAUCUUGAUGGAGUAUAAAGCUGAAAUUUUUGACAAUACGCUCCGACAAGACAUGACAUUCUUCGACAAACCCGAUAACGGCACUGGCGCACUUGUCUCACGACUUGCCUCAGAACCAGACAGCCUUCAAGAGCUCCUCUCCCUCAAUCUCAUCUUAAUGACCGUGACGUUGGUUAAUUUAGUAUCAAGCUUUAUUUUGGCUAUCGCUGUCGGUUGGAAACUUGGCUUAGUUCUCGGGCUUGGUGGAUUGCCGUUGCUUGUUGGCUCCGGAUAUGUCCGCAUACGACUCGAAUAUAAGCUGGAAACCGAUACUGCAGACAGAUUCGCAACAAGCAGUGCUAUGGCAGCGGAAAGGUGUAAGGGAAUCCGGACAGUUUCCUCCCUAGCCUUGGAGCCGGCUGUGAUCCAGCGCUACGCGGAUUCUUUGCAAAGCAUUGCAAAAGAUGCGAUCCUUAGCCUGGUUUGGAAUAUGUUUUUCUACGCACUCAGCCAAUCUUUGUCUUUUCUGAUAAUGGGUCUUGGAUUUUGGUACGGCGGUCGACUUGUCUCCUUUCGCGAAUACUCUGUAGAGCAGUUCUACAUUGUGUUCAUUGCUACCAUUUUCUCAGGGCAAGCCGCUGCCAUUUUCUUCCAGUACACAACCAGCAUCAGCAAAGCUCGUACGGCGAUGAAUUACAUCUUUACCCUUCGCCUGAACCGUACAAUGUUUGAUCAAGUGGGCACCCAGCCGGCCGAGGUGGCAUGCGAAAGUAAGGCAAGUGGCACAAAGGUUUCAUAUGAAGAUGUUGAGUUUGCCUAUACACAGCGGCCCAAUGUGAAGGCUCUUGAUAAUGUCAGCCUUGACAUCCAGCCAGGAUCAAUGGUUGCCUUGGUGGGCGCAUCGGGCAGUGGGAAGUCCACAAUGGUUGCAUUGCUCGAGCGCUUUUAUGAUCCUACAUCUGGACAUAUAAAAGCCGACAAUGUGGACAUAAAGACCCUUGACCGAUGCAUUUAUCGCAAAGAUGUUGCCCUCGUGCAGCAAGAGCCAGUGCUCUACCAGGGGUCCAUCUGGGAUAACAUCACCUUGGGUAUGUACGAACAGGAGCCAUCUGAGUCGGAGAUUAUCACCGCUUGCAAAGAAGCAAACAUAUGGGACUUUAUUUCUUCGCUGCCUGAUGGCCUUGCUACUCCGUGUGGUAACCAGGGAUUUUCAUUGUCUGGUGGACAGCGCCAGCGUCUCGCCAUUGCACGGGCGCUAAUACGCAAACCUUGCUUGCUCCUACUGGAUGAGGCGACAAGUGCGUUGGACACUGAAUCUGAGAAAGCAGUCAAGGAAGCAUUGGAUCGUGCGGCACUUGAAAGAACCACUAUUGCCGUGGCACACAGGCUAAGUACAAUUCGGGAUGCCGACAUGAUCAUCGUAUUCAACAGUGGCAAAAUAGUGGAACAAGGUAAGCAUAACGAUCUUGUCGAUAUGAAGGGCUUUUAUUACCAGAUGGUGCUUGGGCAGCAAUUAGAUAGAGAGGCCUCACGGUAG